AGUCUCUUUCGAGAGGUUCGUUGUCUUCGUUUAGUUUCAACAGUUUGAGAGCAAAAAUUUCCACUCACCCAGGCUAAAUUGUGUGUUAUUGGUGCGAUUACGUGUUUUGUUAGUGGACUUGAUCUGUUUCGAUAGUUAAAUAUUACGAAUUUCAGUUGUGAAUAAAGGGAACUGAGUUGUUACUGUUCUUCGAUAUUGUUUUAGUUUAAUCGAAUCGCAUCCAUAGUAUAGGUGAAAGGUAGAAAAAACGAAAUUUUCUUCGGCACACACAAAAGAAACGAAUGAGACAAGGGACGUCGACCGAAGCAAGAAAAAGAGAGCAAGAUCGCGAUCGGUCGGCCAAAGGAUAGUCUGAAAAUCCCAUAAGAGUGCAUCGUUGAAGUAAAAGAAGAAUAUAUCUUUUUGACAUUUUGAUUUAUCUUUGGUUUAUUUCGCAUGUUAUGUGGUGAUUCGAACGUUUUUCUGACAAUCAAAGCCUUCUGAGACAAUUUAUAAUUGGAGAAAAGGUGGAUGCAUUAUACGGACCAUUUUUCGUGUGGAACAAAAUCAUAGUAAAAGGAGAUCAUCGUUCGUAAACUGCGCUAGUUUUUUUUUGCGUGACAAGUCCUUCGAAGUGGCAGAACAGGCCUUUUUUCUUGUGACCAGGUCCCGAAAAGCUGCAAACCUGAAGAAGUUAGUGCAAACACGUCUCAAUAUGAUCCAAGAUCCGGGCGCCGGAAUCAACGAGAGUCCUGCAGAGCUGCAAUCAGCGAUCAAAUACGAUCGGGUUGCAUAUGACGUUCAUCGGCCACCGGUACCGGGAGGACUGCCGGUGACGCCAACGGCAAUGGAAGUAGAUCCAGAAACACCGCUUGAUAUGACCGUACGUCGGAAGGAUUCCGAUCGGCAAUCAGAUUUCUGUCCGUCUAUCGAUCAGCCAAACUCAUCAAACAGUGGAAAACACAGUUCGGAUGGACCGAUCAAUCUCAAUGUACGUCCGAGUGUGAUAACGAAAGCUCCACCACCGCCAAUCAAAAAGCGGAUAAGCAGCAUGCAUAGCAAUGGUGAAAUAGUGAUAAAAAGCGCGGUGGGUGAUAAUCUGUCUCCGGUAAAUUGUGAUGUUUUCAUCGAAGAACAUUUCCGAAGAUCGCUCGGUAAUACAUAUGCUUCCAUUUAUGGAUCUAGCAACAAUAACAACAAUCAGCCGAAAAGUGCCGGCAGUGAUACCAGAAACAGUAGUACUAGUAGCAGUAGCAGUAUUAGUAGUAGUUCCAGCAGCGCAAACAGUGGUUGCGCUCUAAGUACCAGCAGUAGUCAGAAUACUUCGAGUGGAAUCAGUACCGCUGUUAGUGGAAGCAGCAACAAUAGCCUGAGUAAUUUCAACGUUAGUAGUCAACUAACUGGUAUCACCAGUGCUGCCAGACAAAACCAAGCAAACCCACAGCUGGAGAUCGCAUCGUUGCUAACGUCUAAAACCGACACUGGGUUGCUUCAGCAGGAGACGAAGGCGAACCAGGAACCAGGUACGAUGCAGCAUGUGAGGCCAGAUUCCGAGGAGGAAGUAGAUGAUCACUUUGCGAAAGCUCUCGGAAAUGACACCUGGAAAAUGAUACAGAAGAAGAAAAUGAAUUUGUGAACUAUAGUACGAGUGAGAGGAAUUUUUGCAACAUACACACACUUGAUGGACGGGAUUCUAUUUAGACAAGGUUACGUUUUAGGGUAUGAACAGGUACGGAAGCAGAAUCACAACCAUGCACUCUAUAGUAGCAAAUAGCCGUUUUUUUUGUAAGGAAAAUGAUAAAAUGGUACCUCAGAUAGGGCCUAUGUCUGGUCAAGAUAUGAGAAAUUAAGACUAUAGAGUUGCCAAUCCUCGCGCUCCGUCGCUCUCGAUUGAAAUGGUCACUUGUUAUCACAUUUAUACCAUUUUCAUUCAAAUUACUCACGUACUAUAUAUUAACUAAUGCUGAUAUCUGUGUUAGGAACGCUUUUCUUAUUUUUUGUAUACAAACAUUAUCCGUUUUUAAUAUUGCCACUUGUUCAAAACGAGCGCAUUUACUAAUUCCUUGUUGUUUGUUGUAACUGAUUUCAACUGUUCCCGUCGAAUUUUUUUUUACUUCCACUUUGUCGAAAGCUAGAUCCAUCAACAGGUGAUC